UACGGCGUCAAUACAAGCAGGUCAACAACAAUUAAUCAGAAAGGUGAGCAAGAAAGCCGGUGAGACUGAUGAAUUCAUAAUAAAUGAAUCCGUGUGUUUAAUCCUUAGACGCUUUUACAUUAUUGACUGAUAGCUAGAUGUGAUUAGCCGCACAGAUAAGCAGUGUGAACAAAAACAAAGAGCUACACUGGGCUACUAAACACUGACAACUCGCUGUCAACAUGGCAAUUAAUAAAUCCAAAGUCGCCGUUGGCUUCUUAGUAGUUGGUGUUCUGACUGUGUUUUUCGGGACUGUUUUAGUUUUUGUUGGGCCAAUAAUUAUCGACGACCAAGUAGUAAAGAACACGGUCAUUGAUCCAAAUAAUGGCAUCUCCUACAACAUGUGGAAGGACCUUCCCGUGCCGUUCUUUAUGUCAGUCUACUUCUUCAAUGUCCUGAACCCUCAGGAGAUCCUGAAAGGAGAAAAACCCAUGGUGGAGCAGAGAGGACCUUAUGUGUACAGAAAGCGAUGUCAGAAAGACAACAUCACAUUUCAUCCAAACGGCACAGUGUCUUACAAAGAGUACAGAUCCUACUACUUCGAGCCCUCUAUGUCUACAGGGAACGAGUCUGAUGUCGUCACAAUUCCCAACAUGUUGGUGCUGGGUGCCGCGGUGAUGAUGGAAAACCUGCCCUAUGCUGUGCGUUUGAUGAUCAGCGCCACCUUCAAAACUUUCAACGAGGGUCCCUUCCUGACCAAGACAGUAGGGGAACUGAUGUGGGGUUAUGACAGCGAUCUGGUAGAAUUCCUCAACAAGUACCUGCCUGGCAUGCUGCCCUCAACAGGGAAAUUUGGCCUGUUUGCAGAUUUCAACAACUCUAACACUGGCCUGUUCACCAUCAACACUGGAAAAGAUGACAUCAUGAAAGUCCACAAAGUUGACUCAUGGAACGGCCUGACAGAACUGAGCUAUUGGGGAACUCCUCAAUGCAACAUGAUCAAUGGAACAGCUGGGCAGAUGUGGCCUCCAUUCAUGACAAAAGAGAGCACUUUACCCUUUUACAGCCCUGAUGCCUGCAGGUCUUUGGAGCUUGUCUACCAGCGCCCUGGCAAGAUGGAAGGCAUUCCUUUAUAUCGAUAUGUCGCACCCAAGACCAUGUUUGCUAAUGGGACGGAUUACGCUCCCAAUGAAGGUUUCUGCCCCUGCAGGCAGUCCGGCCUGCUGAACGUCAGCAGCUGCCGCCACAAUUCCCCAGUCUUCAUCUCUCAUCCUCACUUCUUUAAUGCUGAUCCUGUGCUGCUGGACACUGUGCUCGGUCUAAGCCCCACUGAGGAAGAGCAUGGGCUCUUCAUAGACAUCCACCCACUAACAGGUGUCCCUCUGAACGUAUCCAUCCGUCUGCAGCUCAACCUCUACAUGAAGAAAAUAUCCGGAAUUACUGAAACUGGCAAGAUUUCUGAGGUGGUGAUGCCAAUGUUGUGGUUUGAGGAGAGUGGAUAUAUAGAUGGGCCCAUCCUCACUACAUUCCACACGAACCUGGUGGUUCUUCCUGCAGUGAUGGAGUACAUGCAGUACACCUUCAUCGCCCUCGGUCUGCUAACCAUAAUAGUCGCCUCCCUGGUGCAUUACAAAGUGAAGAGAAAUGAAUCUAAAGCUGGCACCGCACCCAAAGGAAACUCAAGCACUUCGACCGAAGAACAAACUCCUCUGCUACAAGAUGACACACACCGACACACAUACACAUAAAACACACCCUGCUGGUGCAGUGGACUUACUGAUGGACAUUUUCUUUUUAUUUUGAUCUGAAACACCGAGUUAUUUAGUUUAACAGGACACAUGAAAUUUUACUGAGUAAAAGUUUACAAAACACUCACUUUUUAAAGACAUGUUGGUGUUGAGAGCAUUUGUCUCCAAAGGAAUAAUCAACAUUAGUUUAUGUUGUUCAGUGUUUUUAUUUUACUCUGGUCACCUGAUCUGAGCUGGAAUAUUUCUGUAGUUUGAUCAUUUCAUUAGGAGCAGCAGGAGAUGGCUGCUGUGAUAUUUUAUAGAAACAUUUCUGUUUUAACAACAAGGGAACUCACGAACAGAAAAGCUGUUUUCUGCCAUGUGUUCUGUGUUUUUCUACCAUUGUGCCUUCAUCGGGGGGAAUCAAUGUUUCACCCCAGCUAACCUCCAGGUUGGUUAUCAUGUGCACUGAGGAACAUAGAGGAGCUUGUUUUUUAGACUCACCAGAUUAUCUCACACACUCCUCACAAUGAGCCAAACAGACACACUCUUUCAUGUUUAAUGCUGUUUAUUGGAUGUGAAUAAUGCUGUUUGGUGUCAAGAAUCUCCUUACUGUAAAACAAAAGGGUUUAUGAAUUAAAAGGAACAGAGAGAAAAAUAGACACCAUUUUUUCCUUUUUGGACAUUAUUAACUGUGACAUCCUGAAUGAAAGUAGACAGUCUUCCCUCUACUCCCCUGUCCACAGAUGUUUAAUUGUUUUUUUUUUUUUUAUUGAAUUGUAAAUAAAACCAAA